AUGAUGUCGAACCUUUUGCAAAGUGUGCUCAGUUCUCGGCUGGCCAACGCAACCCUCGGCGGCGGCAGCGGCACCUCGACCGAAGCCUCUGCCGAUCCUGCAGCCGCCGAGACCACCAAGGAAGGCCUCAACGACUGGGAGCAGGUCGAUACCGAUGACGAGCUCGUCAACGUCCAGUCGACCCCUGGCACUGCCAGCGCAACACCACUCGAGCGCAGUAGGCCCUCCUCCCCCACACGUGCCAACUCGUCCUCGCGCCUUGCCGUCGUCGAGACCGACACGACCGACUUUGAAAGCGACGCCGACAGCAGCAAUGCCGACAGCAACGCUGCAUCCUCCUCCUCCAAACAGCCCGGCGCUAGCAAACUGCGUACGCCAACUGCCCUCGGCAAGAAGCGCUCUCCAUCCUCCCUCAAACGCAGCAAGACCGAUCCGCUCCGUUCGCUCACCAGCGAGAUCGCGCAACACAUCUUCCUCCAGCUGCCUGUCGAAUCGCUCAUCGCCUGCUCUGGCGUCUCGAAACGCUGGCGCCGCUCCGCCACCCUCAACUACUGCUGGUAUCGCCACUACCAACACACCUUUUCCGCUACUUCGCUCGAGUCCGCCCUGCCGCCCAUCCCCGCCUGGGGCAGCGGAGGCGCCAAGUGGACGCGUCGCGAGAGCAAGACCGACUGGAAAACGCAGUAUGGGCGCCAGAAACGGAUGCAAGCCAAGGACGCGGCGCGUGCCGAGUCGCUGCCUGGAUCGGGGACGGUGACGCCUUCCAGGACACAAAAGAUGCAGGACGCCGGCAUACUUACCACCCACGAGGCGAGGAUGCAGCAGUGGAAGCAGGAGGAGGACGCGCAGUGGUCCAAGCAGGAGAUGCGCGACUAUUACAAGUCUGGUCCCAAGGGCGGCAAGUUCAAGGGCAAGCGUGAGAAGGGCGGCGUCAAGACGGGCACGGCUGGCGACGGUGGCCUGUGGGAGUGA